AUGACCUCUCCCAUCCGUGUUACAGUCCUUAUAUCCGGCAAUGGCUCGAACCUGCAAGCUGUGAUUGACAAAGUGGCUGCCGGCCAGCUAAACGCCACAAUCAUCCGCGUCAUCUCCAACCGCAAGACCGCGUUCGGCCUCGAGCGCGCAAGCAAAGCCAACAUUCCCACGCACUACCACAACCUCGUCAAGUACAAGAAGCAGCAUCCCGCCACUCCUGAGGGUGUCCAGCUUGCGCGCGAGGAAUACGACGCCGAGCUUGCAAGGCUGAUCCUUGCCGAUGCACCUGCGCUCGUCGUCUGUCUUGGGUUCAUGCAUAUUCUGUCGCCGCAGUUCUUGGAGCCUUUGGAGGCCGCUAAAACGAGGAUUAUUAACUUGCAUCCCGCCCUGCCGGGGGCGUUCAAUGGAGUCAAUGCGAUCGAGCGUGCUCAUGCUGCGUGGCUGGAGGGUAAGAUUGACAAGACCGGUGUGAUGAUACACGAUGUCAUCUCCGAAGUGGAUAUGGGGAACCCCAUUUUGGUGCGGGAGAUUCCUUUCCAGAAAGGCCAGGACGAGAAUCUCGAGGUCUUUGAAACCCGAGUUCAUGAGACCGAGUGGGCGGUUGUGAUCGAAGGGGUUGACAAAGUGUUGAAGGAAUUGGCGGCUCAGAAACAAACCGCCUCGAGUGCAUGA